UGAUGAAUAUGAUUUAAACUCGAGCUGCUCAGCAGCUGGGACACGUGUUCUCUUCGUCUGUCGGUCAUAUUUCACCGGAUUCUUCCUUGAUUUAUGAACUAUGACCGUCGUUGCAACGUAAAGUGUGAUCGAACAGAUCGACUCGGUUCUUCUGAUUCAUUCGGCAAUGACCCAAUUUCACGUUAUUCAAUAAAAACAGUAUUUUGAGAAGGCUGUUUGCUAGCUAACAUGCUAACACGCUACCGUCCAACACGGUGGACAAGAGCAGGGAGAAGGAAGAAAAAGACGAGCUCGUCUUCGGAUGAAUGUUUCUGUUGUAUUGAAUGUGAGGCGACACAUUAACCACAUAUUUAUUACAAUCAUGUUCUAAACCUGAAGAUCAUCACGUGAGUUUGAAAACUUUGGUUCCGCCGGCAUGUUUCCGGUCGGACACAACAACACGGAGCCACAUGACGAGGUGGCGGAGGCUCAGACCCUCCUCAUGGACCCGGCCCACAGAGCCCUGCUGCGGACACACAGACUGCGACUGUCCGGCGAGCUGCUGGUCAGCGACACCAUCGUCCCGCUUCUGUUCCAGGAGGAAGUUCUGUCGGAGGCGCAGGUGCAGGACAUCGAGUCUCAGCCCACCGACAGACUCAAGACCCUGCGGCUGCUGGACCUGCUGCCCACCCGCGGGCCCCGGGCCUUCCCCUGCUUCCUGCGGGCCCUGGACGACUUCAGCUGGGUCCGAGACGGAUUGCUGCUGGAGCUGCGGAGCGCACCUGGAGCCGGAGCCACAGACGUCCGUCAGUUUCCAGACUCAGUUCUCCAGAGAGUUCUGUCGGAUCGGGAGUUGUCCCGGCUGGCGUCCAGGCUCGGCGCUGAGUGGGAGUCGGUGCUGAUGGACCUGGGUCUGUCUGCGGAGGCUCUGUUCCGCUGCAGGUCCGAUCACCAGCUCGACGCUCACGGAGCGGUUCUGUCCGGUCUGGUCCAGUGGAGACGACGUGAGGGGCGGAGCGCCACCGUACAGAGGCUGCUGACGUCUCUGCAGGCGGUCGACGUCCACACGUCCGUCCUGCAGGACGUCCUAAUGUGACCGGGACCAUCAGAACCACCUGAAGGUUCUCACUGGUCCCGUCUUGAUUUAUUAUGUUUAUUAUAUUAAUGUCAUCAUGUCAUCACAAGAAAUAUUUAUUAAAAACAUCAAAUCAG